GGGGAGUGGAGCGGCGGCGGCGGCUCCGGAGCGAAGAUGGCGGACGUGCUGAGCGUGCUGCGGCAAUACAACACGCAGAAGAAGGAGAUCGUGGUGAAGGGCGACGAGGUGAUCUUUGGCGAGUUCUCCUGGCCCAAGAACGUCAAGACCAACUAUGUCAUCUGGGGGACAGGGAAAGAGGGCCAACCCAGGGAAUACUACACUUUGGAUUCUAUCUUGUUCCUGCUCAAUAAUGUUCAUCUUUCACAUCCUGUUUAUGUCCGCCGUGCUGCAACUGAAAACAUUCCUGUGGUAAGAAGACCUGAUAGGAAAGACUUGCUUGCAUACCUAAAUGGGGAGACAUCGACCUCAUCAAGUAUAGACAGAAGUGCUCCACUUGAAAUUGGUCUUCAACGGUCCACUCAAGUUAAAAGAGCAGCAGAUGAAAUAUUAGCAGAAGCAAAGAAACCAAGAAUAGAGGAUGAAGAGUGUGUGCGCCUUGACAAGGAGCGGUUGGCAGCUCGGUUGGAAGGACAUAAAGAGGGUAUCGUGCAAACGGAACAGAUCAGGUCCUUGUCUGAAGCCAUGUCAGUGGAAAAAAUUGCUGCUAUCAAAGCAAAAAUCAUGGCAAAGAAAAGAUCCACUAUCAAAACUGAUCUGGAUGAUGACAUAACUGCUCUUAAACAGAGAAGUUUUGUUGAUGCUGAAGUGGAUGUAACCAGAGAUAUUGUCAGCAGGGAGAGAGUAUGGAGGACAAGAACUACAAUCUUACAAAGCACAGGCAAGAACUUUGCCAAGAACAUUUUUGCAAUUCUUCAAUCAGUAAAAGCCAGAGAAGAAGGCCGUGCACCUGAGCAAAGACCUGCACCAAAUACGGCACCAACGGAUCCCACUUUACGAAAUAAGCAACCUAUUCCAGCUGCCUAUAACAGAUACGAUCAGGAAAGAUUCAAAGGCAAAGAGGAAACGGAAGGCUUUAAAAUUGAUACGAUGGGCACCUAUCAUGGAAUGACUCUGAAGUCUGUAACAGAAGGUGCUUCUGCUCGAAAAACACAAACUCCGGCAGCACAGCCUGUACCACGACCAGUUUCUCAAGCAAGACCACCUCCAAACCAGAAAAAAGGAUCUCGAACUCCCAUAAUCAUUAUUCCAGCAGCCACGACCUCUCUAAUAACGAUGCUUAAUGCAAAGGACCUUCUGCAAGAUCUGAAGUUUGUACCAUCAGAUGAAAAGAAGAAACAAGGCUGUCAACGAGAGAACGAAACUCUAAUACAGAGAAGGAAGGACCAGAUGCAGCCUGGGGGAACUACAGUCAGCGUUACUGUACCUUAUCGAGUAGUAGACCAACCUCUGAAACUUAUGCCACAAGACUGGGAUCGUGUGGUGGCAGUGUUUGUACAGGGUCCUGCUUGGCAGUUCAAAGGCUGGCCUUGGCUCUUGCCCGAUGGAUCACCUGUUGAUAUCUUUGCAAAAAUUAAAGCUUUUCAUCUCAAAUAUGAUGAAGUACGUCUGGAUCCAAAUGUACAGAAAUGGGAUGUAACAGUGUUAGAACUAAGCUACCACAAAAGACACUUGGACAGGCCAGUAUUUCUGCGCUUCUGGGAAACUUUGGACAGGUACAUGGUAAAGCACAAAUCUCACUUGAGAUUCUGAAUUCUUCAGCUGCCAUUUAUUCCCUGAAGUAUGGAUUGAGGAAAAUGAAAGGGGCUCCAGUUUGGAGACCAGAGCUCGCACUAUACGAUAUGUCAAGAACUUUACAAAUGAAGAAGGGUCACAGUUUAAACUUUUUAUAAAAUCUUGUUUGGAUGCUUCAUGCUAUGGCAGGUUGAUACCUGUUGUUAUUCAGAAGCAAAGGGGUUUUGCUUAAAACUAUUUUUUUAAUGUUGUUAGCCUUCUAGUCUGCAAUCCAAAUUGUAUAUUUUGAUAGCAGCAGUUUCUUCUCUGUUUUGUUAUAUUAGCCACAUUUUUAAAUAAUGUGUUUUGUUCCUUAUUAGAAAAUAGAUUGAUCUUCACUGCAGGUUACAAAUGUGUGUGUGUGCGCAUGUGCGCACGUGUGUGUAUAUAUAUAUGUGUGUGUGUGUCUAUAUAUAUAAUGUAUAAAAAAAAAAUCAUAGACACACUUACGCACACAUAGAUGUUACCAGGCUUUCUAAACCACUUAGCUUCUGAGCUUAGUUUUGGUUUUCUUUGCUUAUUGUUUCACUUACUGAAAAUAUUUUGUUGUGAAUUAUAUUACAUUUUAGUCAAUAGGACUUGCAUACUGAGCAAAGUGAAAAUUGUUUUGGAUAAAUCAAAAUGUCAACCUGUAUAUGUAUAUUCUGUCAGUCUUUGUUGAAAAAGGGAAGAUGAAAAAAAUCUAGAAACACUUUUGGAUUUGUAAUGUCCCAGUUUACUAAAUCUUUAAACUUUAUUAUGGGCAUACCUUCAAGUCAUGCUAACUUUAAAUUCUCCACACAAGUCUCUUUAUUUAAACUGAAAGUGUGCAUGUGUACAUUCCCAUCUAUCAAAAUACCUUAACAUAUGAGUCUAAAUGUUACCUAGAUUAAACAAUGAAUAGAGGAGGGAGAGAGUUUGGAAUUUUUUUCCUGAAACAGCCACCACAAGGAAAGAAUAAUUUUAACUUCUGUGCAUUUAUACCUCUAACUCCACAUGUAAUAUUAUUUUCUUGUGACAAAAGUAGCCCAGACUAUGCCUGCAGGAGUGGUGAUUUUCUGAGACGAGUGGCUAAUAUGGUCUCCUAACAGUCCUGCACUGGAAUGGAAAAUGAACCUACUCCAAUUACCAAAGAACAGAUUUGCUUGAUCUACAAUAUUACUGAGGUCAGAAGACCCUGGUAUUUGUAUGAAUUUAUGGUAUCUCUGUGUCUAUUUAAUAAUAUUAAGUUGAUGUUGCAUACCAGUGGAUGUAGAGAAUGAUCAAAUACUGUAACACCCGCAUGAAUUUUUUUCUGGGAUAGCAAAUACAUGUUUAUAUUCCUGUUCUUGAAAUUCCAAACCGUGUUUUUUUAAUACACUUUACAUUUAAGGUUUGACAAAAGUAAAAUGUUCUACCUGUUCUUCUUUAGUUUUGCUUUUUAUUUGAUGUUACCUUCAUUUUUAAUAAAACCAGAAGGCACAUCUCCUUAAGAGGUUUUUAAACUAUGUGUUAAAUUUGUGAGGGCUUUGAGGUCUGACUUUUAAUUAUAUAUUUCCAUCCCUGCUAUAUCGAGACUGUUAUUUUUAAAUGGUCUUAAUGGAAACAUAAAAAUAAUAACCAAACCAUCAAACAAAAAUCCUUAGUGACUUCAAGGUUAGAAGAAGUUGACAGUGGAUUUUUUUAAUAGAUUCUGCAAAGUGACUGAGAAGCGUAGGCAAUACAGAACAACUAGAAGGUGUCUUAUUUGUAUGGGCAGUUGGUCAGUACCGAAUUUCCCAAUACUUGAGCUUAUUAUAAAUGUAUCCAUGCCAUACAUGAGUGAGCUAAAACAUUCGAUAUUUUUUUUAAGCUGUACUGUAAUUAGAAAAGCUGUAGUGGCUAUAACCACAGCCAUUGCUAUCACGAGGAAGUGGUUCAAUUUAGGGUUCAUUCCAUUACUGCUUUCUAUAGUUUGGAUAUCAUGUUUGGAUUUUUAACUCUCAAACAUUUCCAUUUAGAAAUGUAAUUUUUUUUCAGAUUUAAUCAGCACUUCAUGGCUUCUACAAUGGGCAACAAACUUAAAAACCAAAUUCCGAAGAAAUGUGUGCUUUAUGAGCACUGUGAUAUACAGACUAUAUCGUAGUCUUAAAAUAGGCAAGAUCCAAUUAUCUUUUCUCUGUCCUGUAUUUCACUUGUGUGUUAAACGCAUGUGUAAUCCCACAUCCAGUAUUGUAUACAGGAGAUCGCUUGAUUUUGAUGUAAAUUUAUGUAUAUAUUGGGAAUAACUCCUCUGAAACUAGUGAAGUUACAUGGCUGUGAAACUGGCAGAAGAGCAAAAUCCAUUAAAUCUUUGUAUGAACUGUGCCAUUUUUUAUGGAUUGAGCAUAGACCUUUAACAUCUUAGAAUUUUGUACUUGCAGGCAAUUUACGACACAAGUUGUAAAAUAUGUAUUUGUGAAGGAGUUGGCACCUGAUCGUGCAUAUUUUUGUCAGUCAUAAAAGUAGUGAUGUUUAUAAAAUGAGCCAUUUUGCAAUCAGAUUCCUGCUGACAUUAUUGGAAGUUUAAUUAGGUUGUCAGAAUAGCAUUCCUGCUGCCUUCAUAAAUAACUGAACAUAGAUGAUGAAACUACUUGGACUUAAAAAUUUAGCCUUACAGCAGCAUUUUGCAACACAGCUGGAACUUUAGACACUUACGUUAUGCUUAAUUUAUCUACAAGUUAAUGUGGAGUAAUAAAGAAAACCGAUGCUAAGAACUGGGGAAGCUGGAGGACCAGACAUCUGUUUUAGUGAGCUGCAUUCUUAUUGUUGAGCAAGUUUGACACACUACUUAGAAGUGUAUUAAGUGUGUAAAUUGUACUCAAUUAAAAUUUAUAACUAAAACUGAGCUACUUCACUGACUAGUUUAUUGAACAGUAGAAUGAUACUAGCAUGGGAAUCAGAUAUCAAAUUGGCUGUUGCUAUUAAACAUCUUACGUGUCAUGACUCUAUGCUGUUUCAUAAGUACAAGAUGAACGAGAUGGAACAAGAUAAAACAAGAUGAAAACCGGUUUGAAGUCUGCUAUUGGGUUCCUAUACUGUCAGCAGGUGAUUAUUUCUUUAGUAGCAAGGUUAUAGGGGCCAGUAGAUAUAUCUAAAGCAAUGAUUUCAUAUUAAAAACUAAAAUACCUAUGAUUUGUACUAUUUGAGCUUUCCGAAUGCUACCCUGAACAAAGCAGACAAAGGGGGAAUUUUUUGUAAGGUAAAGUAGGGCGACCGCAGGGACUUGCGUAGCUGAAGAAAUUGCGGAUCAGCGUCUUCAAUUGAGUAGGCUCAGCUAUUUAGUUAUUACCUGAAAAUUUUUGUAGCAAGAUAGUUCCACAAAUAGGUACUAAAGUCAGUGCUGGAGUUAGACAAUUUAUAGAACUCUUCUGCAAUGCUGAAACCUUCUUAUUUCUGAACACAGAAGAAAACGUAGAUAGCACAUUGUGUGUUAAGUUGCCCUUGAUCAUAAGUUGAACUAUUAUAUUUGACAGAUAAGCCUUUAUCAAAACAGCAAAUUUGUUUUUGACUUUCAUUUGAUAUACAGUUAGUGUAUAAAAUACUACCAUUCUCUGCAGGGACCUCCAAAUGUAAGUUUUAUUAGUACAGCUUUCAUUCUUUUGCUGGUGAAAUAUGCACUUAGUUGCUAAUUCUUGUGAACACUGUGCAGGGGAGGGAGGGAGAAAGCUGGUCAAAAUUAAUGGCUUUGGGAUUUUAAAAUUCAAUGUCAUGAAUGCAUUUUAAUUCAAAAGCCAUAACUAAUGCCAAGUACUUUACUAGAGCAAUGUGUUCAUGAAAAAUUAAAAUCCCUGCCUGAAGAAACUGUUGGCCAAGUAGGUUUCAGUUCAGCUAAUCUGUGGAAAAAUGUGCCACAAACUGGAAUCUUUGAAUGUCAUAUUCCAAGCUGCUCAUUUGUUACUUAAGUUUGUUUUUUUUUUUUUUUUUUUUUUUGAAGGGAGAUGGCAGUUUUACCUUUGUUUUCUGCACAGUUAUAUACUUCAAUAGCAAUUGUGUAGUUUACCUUCUUUGGUUUGGUUUUACCCUAAGAAUGUUACCAUGAUACAACAAUUCUGAGGCAGUGAUUGAAAACAGAUGCCUUCAGGUAUGAAGUUCUUUUAGUGGAGCUCAUGCACUUGAUAAAGAUGGUUUCGUAAUGGAUCUGUGGUCCAGUGGGUAACAUCGAGUCCAUUGUUCAGCUGUCGUUGACUUGUCUCUGGAUCAUUCUUCUCAGUGGUGAUGCUAUCAUAGAGGGCACGUUUGAGAAUAAUGAUGCUUAAUCGAGCAAAAUUCAUUGGUAGGUAGUAUGCAGUGACAGGCCGUGCAUCCAGACUGAUUUACUGUGUUGUUUUUUCUUUAAAAAUAAAUUUUAUGAUUUUUUUUUUUUAAAUAAGAAUGCAAAUGCAAAGAACAAUCUCCAAUGUUUGAAACUUUCUUGCAGAGACUAGUUCACAUGUAAAACUGAAAGAUAAUGAGGUGGUACAUAAAAAUCUGUAAGAAAAGUAUCGUGGUUUAUGGUUUUUAUUUGCAUCUGUGAAUUCUUUUGCUCUAGCAUGUUUUACUUCAAAUUCAGAAAAACUUUACUUGCUUCACAAGGUUCCUGCAUGUAUCACUGAAAACCGUCAGAGGUUAAUCUUUACCUGCAGUUACUUGAAGGUUUGGUUAAAUGAGUUUGUAGGUUAUACAUUCUGUGUCAGUGGGCCCAAAUUUUAACGGUGGUUUUGAAGGUUCAAGUUAGAAUGAAAUCUUGUAAGAAUCUGCUGAGGACAGCUGCUAUUGAAGGAAAGGAGAACACAAACUUCUCAUGAGGUUAAGCCUUUAAACUCUAAUGUAACUGUUCAAAGCUUGUGUUUAGUGACUUUUGAUAAAUCUUACAUUUUUGGAUAUGUCUUGCCACUUGACCAGUUAUUUAAGAUCUGGUCUAUAUUAUUGAGUUAACAGUUUAGUAUCAACUCAAAUCCAACUUCUGAAAAUUCUUAGCAAAAAUAUCUUGAGGACCUUAAAAGGUGGACUGUCUUUCUAAAUGUAAUAGUCAAUUUAGCCAUGAAAGAAGAAACAAAAAAAGCACGUUUCUCUUGCUUCCAUCAAUCAAGACCAACCCUGAAUCCAUACUGAAUGGAUUUUUAUUAGUGAAGUGAGAUGUAAAAAAUACUUUAAAGAAACAGCUUUUAAUUUUUCAUUUGUUCUUGCCCUCUUGAAAUCCUGUCCAGGAGCCCCUCGUCGUCUUCCCUGACUCGUUCAUUCUGCAUUUGUCUCCCGAACUGGGACUGUUACCAAACCUCCAAGUUUUCUGAGGAUCUCAGCUCAGUGCACAAUCACAAAUUACUCCUCUGCCCCAUCUUCGUUAGUGCACAAACAGGGCAGCAGAAGCACAAGCUUCUCCCUAUUAUGUAUCCAAGAGUUGGUUACAAACUGCCAACUUUAAAAAAACAUAUAUUUAAAAAAAAAAAACACCAAAGGCAAGUAUGACCUACUGAAUACUUCAUUGUGCUUCUUCCUCGUUUAGUUUUGACCUGUAGUAAUUAAGUUUUGAGGUGUUAAACUUAAAAAUAUUGAAGGCAUACUAGUUAUUCUUUAAUUGUUAUUAUGCCUGUAGUUAUUCUCUAAGGAUCUUUAACUGUAGAUUUCUCCCUGUUACUGCAGGUAGGUAUUAAGAGCAGAAUGGUGAAUGAUUAUCCGGAGCUCCACUGCGCUGAGUCAAUCUUAACCUGAGACUGAAUGAUAUCUAACCACUUAAUUGCUUCACAGUCUUUGUUCGGCAGCUGGCAAAUGAUUUGAGGAGCACCACAGUAGUUUUCUUUGUUAUUGAUUUAGUGAGAGACAAAUCUAAUGUAACAAAAGUAUGAGAAGUGAAGAAAAUAAAAAGUUGAUACCUGUUUUUCAGAUGCUAGUCAACACUUGUCAAAGCUAUUUACAAUCUCGUAAGAGGUGACCACAACAACUAAUACUAAUCCCAAGAGCAGAAAGCCUGGAAUUGGUUGUUUUCUAUGGUCCUUAAAAAGUUCGCAUGGUGACAGAAAAGGAUAGUGUAACUGAAUGGUGCCUCGCCAGCUGCCUCUUUGUAUGUAGCGGGACGUCACGGCUGACCCCUGCCUCAAUUCGAGCGUUCCUACUCAUGAUCGCAGCAGCAAGGAAGGAGGUGGUCUGUUACACGUUCAAAUCCUCCAUUGUGGAGCCAGUUUUGGUUGUCUGCCAGGUGUUUGUUCUGGUAUUCUUGAGAACGGCUGUCAUUCUUUUCUUGAUGCUGACGUGCUAAUGAAGUGUAUCUGCAGGUUUUAACCUAAAUGAAGAGAAUAAAGUUGGUUAGCAGUGCUCUACUUGGUCUUAUGACAAAUAUCGCUGCUGAAGAUCCUGCAAAUAACACAGGUGCGGGAGUGGAAGAUUAAAUUAAUUACUUCAGAAUGUCAUGUAUUGCCACUUUGUUUGGUAGGUGUUUUCGGCCAUUCAUUGAGCUAACUUUGUUUAAAUUCACUUGUUGCAUUUUGUGUGAAACUUAGGUUGCAGGUUCCGCUGGAGAGAGAUGAUCUUUUUAUUCUGUAAUAAAACUUGUAUGAAAGAGCCUCUGUUUUAUGCAUGGUGGAAGCAAUUAGUCUGGUAGCCGAAAAGUUGCUAAAAAGGGAAUAAUGGGAUUAAAGAUUAAAAAAACCCCAAGCAUAGAAAAUCUUCCUAAAGUGAGAUUACUAAACUGAAAUACGCUUACAACAAUUCAUUGUGAAGUCUGUGUAGAACAAAUUUAUUUCUGUGCUCAGUGGAUUAAUGCCCUAAAUUAUCUUCCCAGUAAUCUCGUUUAAGCUUUAUAAAGUUGAAUGAUCCACAAAUUCACUCAAUGAUUAAAAAUCUCUCCUGAAUUUUGACUGAUUUCCACUUUUAAUCUCCUGGAUUUUUCUGGCUUUUUUCAGUAGCUGUUGGUCUGUUCGUCUAGCUUUUCUUUCCCCCAAACAUCAAGGCAGCUGGAUGAUCUUGUAAGUACAAAAUUACAGCUAAUUUUAUGCUUAUAUGCAUGUACAUUCACAUUAUUAUUCCACUGAGAAGAAAUGUGCAUCCCUCAUGAUGCACAUUGUAAUUUUUUACAUCAUUACUUUUGUAAUGUAUCAAAAUUAAAGUGCAGUGCUCUCCAUAUGUUGAAUUUAUUUUUUCAGAACAAAUUUGGCAUUUGACCGUACAACAUGAGACAAUAAUCAAUAUGGUAACUAAGCUACAUAAGAAAUUAUGGGCAAGGAGAACUCUGCAUUUAAUAAUUUGCCUCUUGGGAGGCUUAUUUUUACACUGUUACAGACUGCAGAAGGCUGUGUUCUCUAGCCAUUCCCAAAAGCAAGAAAUAGCCUUUGAGAACUUUAGCAGAACAGAAUCUGCCAAAAAUCUGUGAAAUGCCUUGAGUAUGUCGGGGAUUUAUCCAUUUAAUACAAGACGGUCCUGAUAUGUCAGGCAGGUAUCUUCAAACUAUUCUCAUCUUUCACACAGUCUGCAAGUCAAAAUGGUAAUAAAUGCGCCAUUGCUCGCCCAACAAUUCUUUGCGCAUCAUAUCAUGCGACAAGUUUUUUAAUCUGUUUCUCUUCUUAUGUUCUGGAAUCGUGAUUUAUACUGUUAUUUCUGGGAUUAAUGCCUUCAGAUGUGUUACCAGUCACAUCAGGGGAGGGGGUGGGUGUAAAUAUCUUCUAAUUUUUAUCUCCUUAAGUAUGCAGUAUCUCUUGCAACAGGAAAUAAUGUCCGUUGCAGGUGAUGGUGUAGCUGAGAAGAAAUACGUAAUAGAAAAAUGCAAAAAUAAUUGGAUUGUGGUCAGUGUUUAGAAGUGGGAUUUUGUGGGCACAACAGUACAAAUGCAAAGUCGUCAUCGUUCCCACACUAUCGCAACCUGUAGCGGAAUUUUCUUAGCUCCUGCCCAUUGUUCAUAGCAUUUACUUCCACUUGUUUUCAGUCUCCCAUCUUUCUGCCGUAUUGCAGUACCUGCCCACUUUUUAUUUCUGUAAAAAUAAUUCAUGUGAUCAGUACUAUACUGCUGGCCUUG